UAACUCAAAAAUCAGAUGACGAAGUUAAGUUAUGGAGAGAAACAUUGGAUGGAGCAAGUUAUAUCAGUGCAUUAUGUAGACCAGUUGGUAAUCAAUUUGGUGUUGUGGGAAUUCAGAUCGCAGAUCAUGCGGAAAUUCCAUUAUCCCCCCACCAGUUACGCCUGAAAUCUCUCAUUCAUUUACUUUUAAUCUUAAGAAAUGUAAUAAUUGUGAAUAGGAGUCUUAUAAUGCAGGCAUUAGAACAAGCUACCUCUCAUCCGCCCUGA